CCCGCGGCGCCGGAGGCCCGAGUGUCGCUGCUGCAGCCGGGUCCGGCGGCGGAGGGGCGGCCCGGGCGGCCGAGCCUGAGCGCGGCGCGGGGCUCUCGGGGCCGGCGGCUGGCGGGAUGUUGGUUUGGCCCAACGGGAGCACAGUGUGGCCCCCGCCCCUGGCACCGAACAUCAGCGUGCCCCACCGCUGCCUGCUGCUGCUCUACGAGGACAUCGGCACGUCCAGGGUCCGCUACUGGGACCUCUUGCUGCUCAUCCCCAAUGUGCUCUUCUUCCUCUUCCUGCUCUGGAAGCUUCCGUCCGCCCGGGCCAAGAUCCGCGUCACCCCCAGCCCCAUUUUCAUCACCUUCUACAUCCUGGUGUUCGUUGUGGCGCUGGUGGGCAUCGCCCGGGCUGUCGUGUCCAUGACCGUGAAUGCUUCCGACGCCGCCACCGUAGCCGAUAAGAUCCUGUGGGAGACCACCCGCUUCUUCCUGCUGGCCAUCGAGCUGAGCGUGGUCAUCCUGGGCCUUGCCUUCGGCCACCUGGAGAGCAAGCGCAGCAUCAAGCGGGUCCUGGCCAUCACCGCCGUGCUGUCCCUGGCCUACUCGGUCACCCAGGUGAGCAGCUGCGUGGACGCCACCACGUUCCUGUACUUCAGCUUCUUCGCGCCCCUCAUCUACGUGGCCUUCCUCCGGGGCUUCUUCGGGUCAGAACCCAAGAUCCUCUUCUCCUACAAAUGCCAAGUGGAUGAGGCCGAGGAGCCGGACGUCCACCUGCCCCAGCCCUACGCCGUGGCCCGGCGGGAGGGCCCGGAGGCCGCGGGGACCGCGGGGGCCUCGGCCACCAGCUACUCGAGCACCCAGUUCGACUCGGCCGGCGGCGCAGCCUGCCUGGACGACGUGGCCUCCAUGCCCUGCCACGCGGGCAGCAUCAACAGCACCGACAGCGAACGCUGGAAGGCCAUCAACGCCUGAGAGCGGCCGCCCGGCCCGACGGGGCGUCCGGGGGGACAGGGGGACGGGGACGGGCUGGGGAAGAGACCGGCACGUCCCCGAGUCCCAGGCGGAGGAAGAUGAGAUUGCAGGAUCUUGUGUGGUUGGCAGCCUUUUCUGCGCCCCGAGUCCGGAGACCUCUUCCUCCUUUCGGAUUCCCCUCGACCACCCCGGCUCUCGCUGGGCGCCUCCUCCCGCCUCCACCUGCCCCUCGUCCUGCUGGGUGACGUCCCGGUGCCCUGUUUCUCCACUGGGCCGGUCCCCUCACCCACCCACCCCAUCCCCCCGGCACUGGCCUUCUGCGAGCCCACUAUGGAGGCCGGGCUGAAGCGUGUAUAUUUUCUUGAUCUAUUUUUCAAUAAAAAGCAA